UUAAAAAUUAGUCGUGCGUGCCUUUAAUUGUGAAGAAAUUAUGUUACUUAGCUACUUUAAAGUGUUUUGCUAUAAUAUUAAAACUUUUUUACUUAAAUAAAAUACAAAAAAAGACUGAAAGCAAGACUCAAGCAGUAACAACACCAAAAAAAAAAAGAAAAAAACGAGUAAAAAAAUAAGAAAAAUAAAAUUUACACUUUGAUGAUAACAAUAAAUAUUUUAUAUAUAUAUGGGGGCAUGUAAGCAACGUUUGUUUAUAUGAGAUUAGAUGCUUAGGAAAUAUGUAAAGGGAAUGGUCACAGAAGACUUGCAAAAAUCUUACUUUAUAAUAGCAACAACAACUAUAAUAAAACUAAUCAUCGCAAACAAAUUUGCGUUUUUCGAUUCAUCUCGUUUUAUUUAUUUUUUUUUUCUAAGAUAAUAAAAUGAAAUUUGCUGAACAUUUGUCUGCUCACAUCACGCCCGAAUGGCGUAAGCAAUAUAUUAAUUAUGAGGAAAUGAAAGCCAUGUUAUACAUGGCUGUUGAGGAAGCACCUUCGGUUGAUAGCGUUGAAGAUGAGGUCUUGAAGAGACAUUUUGCCAAUUUCGAUGAGAAUUUUUUUCAUUAUUGUGAUAAAGAAUUGAAGAAAAUUAACACAUUUUAUUCGGAGAAACUUGCCGAAGCCACGCGUAAAUUCGCCACUUUAAAUGCGGAAUUGAAGACAUGUGUUGACGAGUCAGAGCGUUCCGCGAAAAAAUCGAAAUCAUUAAAAAAAUCAAGUUUGCCUCACCGCAAGGCCCAAGAGCUGAAAUUGGCUUUUAGUGAAUUCUACUUAAGUUUAAUUUUACUGCAAAAUUAUCAGAAUUUAAAUCAUACUGGUUUUCGUAAAAUCUUAAAAAAACAUGAUAAGCUUUUGCGGGUUGAUACUGGUGCUAAGUGGCGUCAGGAUUACGUGGAAUCUUCGCACUUUUUUAUUAACAAAGAUAUCGAUAACUUGAUAAAUGAGACGGAGACCACGGUUACCAGUGAACUGGAGGGUGGCGAUCGUCAGCGGGCAAUGAAACGUCUACGUGUGCCACCUUUAGGCGAACAACAGAGCCCUUGGACCACUUUCAAAGUUGGCUUGUUUUCGGGCAGUUUUAUUGUUCUGGGUAUAGUGGUAGUGUUGUCCGCCAUCUUUCACGAUAUAACCGGGGAGAAUUUGAAGGUUACUUUUCGCUUAUAUCGCGGACCUCUUCUCGUGAUCGAGUUCAUUUUCUUAAUCGGCGUUAACAUUUAUGGUUGGCGGUCUUCAGGCGUCAAUCAUGUUCUUAUAUUCGAAUUGGAUCCACGUAAUCAUUUAUCUGAACAGCAUCUCAUGGAAUUGGCCUCAAUAUUUGGAGUUAUAUGGACAUUAAGUAUGUUGAGUUUUUUGUAUUCAACCAGCUUAAGUAUACCAGCCUUUAUUAAUCCCCUGACUCUAACGAUUAUAAUGGUGGCGUUUCUCAUAAAUCCCUUUCAUGUGUUACAUCACGACGCUAGAUUUUGGCUAUUAAGAAUAACGGGUCGCAUGGUGGCAGCACCAUUUUUUCAUGUUGGUUUCGCUGAUUUCUGGCUAGGCGAUCAGUUGAACUCGUUGGCGACAGCUCUACUGGACUUUGAGUAUUUGAUGUGCUUCUAUUUUACGAAUGGCAAUUGGUUUGAGGCUCGUGACGCUUCAGUUUGCAUGGAAAAAGAUUUCAUAAUACGUCCUAUAUUUAAUUGCUUACCGGCCUGGUUUCGUUUUGCUCAGUGCUUAAGACGUUACCGUGACACUCGUGAAGCUUUCCCGCAUUUGGUAAACGCUGGCAAAUACUCAACUACAUUUUUAGUAGUAAUAUUUGCCACAUUAAAAAGCUACCAUAGCCGUUAUUAUUCGAAUAGCUUUGAUAAUCCAUAUACAUGGCUAUGGAUUAUAGCUUCGAUAAUAUCUUCUUGUUAUGCCUAUACGUGGGACAUAAAAAUGGAUUGGGGUCUCUUUGACAAGAAUGCCGGCGAGAAUACAUUUCUAAGAGAAGAAAUAGUUUACUCAUCAACGAGCUUCUACUAUUUUGCUAUUGUGGAAGAUUUACUUUUACGUUUUAGUUGGGCUUUAUCGUUCUACAUAACCGAAAUGAGAAUUCUAAGCGGUGAUAUUACCACUUCAAUUACUGGCACUUUGGAAGUAUUCCGGCGUUUCGUAUGGAAUUUUUUCCGUUUGGAAAAUGAACACUUAAAUAAUUGCGGUAAAUUUCGUGCUGUGCGUGACAUAUCGAUAGCACCCAUUGACUCUUCGGAUCAAACUUUAAUAUUGCGCAUGAUGGACGAACCGGAUGGUGUACUUAAUCGUUAUACAAAAACUAAUCGUCCAAAACCGAAGAAAACAAAAGAUCCAGAAAAACGUAGCCUUUUACCCGCACGCGGUUCCUUACAAGAUCUUACCAUUGAUAUUGAUGGCUCGAAGAAAUUCCAAAGCUUGCUAAUUUCUGCCGGCUAUUGGCCUUGAAUUGCUGAUCAUUGUGUUAAACAUUCAAUGCCAUCAUCAAGCAAACACGAGAGGAGUGCUUCAUCAAGAUCACUCCAAAGCAGGGGUUAUUAUGUUUGAACACAUAUUGUGUUUGAACACGCGUUGAAUUUAUAAUUCGCCUAUCGAUGGUCUGUACGAUGGAAUGCAAUUACUGCCGAACGGCGUCAUGGGCGUUGCUUCUUCCUGGUGACAUUUGGCAAAGAUUUUCUACUCACACACAGCUUGUAAUAGAAUUAAACAUGUCGAGUUUUGAGCUAAAAAGAAAAAGGCAUCCACCGACAGCAUUGUUUUUUUUUGGCAAACAAUACAAAACUAAAUCGAGUUUGCAUCGUAAGAAAUCAUGGAUAGAUACAGGCUUGCCAUCCACAUUUAUCGCAAGACCUUAAAACCACGUAUGGCCUUCACAUUUUAAAGGCUUUAGUCUAUAAAACUUUACAUUCUACAAAAAAAAAAAAAAAAAACAAAAAAAAAAGGUUUAUAAUUUUUAGUG